AUGGCUGGAGGUGCUGUUGCCGAUGUCGGCUACACCUCGACCGGCCCUGUGGCCCGCCCCGUCAACGUCAGGCAGUCGCUUCCCGCUAUUCUGGUCGCUGCUGCCUCCGCUUUCGGUGGUGUCCUCUUCGGUUAUGACACUGGUACAAUCUCUGGUCUGCUCGCCAUGGACAACUUCAACAAGACCUUUGGUAACGGUGAAUUGACGGCCGAGGGUGCAUUCACCCUCAGCACUAACGACAAAUCGCUCGUCGUUUCCAUUCUGUCGGCUGGUACUUUUGUUGGUGCGCUCGCCGGUGCUCCCAUCUCGGACAUUCUCGGUCGUCGAUGGGGUAUGCAGGUCGCUCUCCUCGUUUUCACCGUCGGUGUCGUCAUGCAGAUGGCUACUACCGACCUCGGUGUCUUCAUCGGUGGUCGUGUCGUCGCUGGUCUCGGUGUCGGUAUCCUUUCCACCAUUGUCCCCAUGUACCAGUCCGAGACUGCUCCCCGCUGGAUCCGUGGUGCCGUCGUUUCCGGUUACCAGUGGGCCAUCACCAUCGGUCUCCUCUGCGCUUCUCUCGCCACCUACGGUACCCAGCACCGCAACGAUUCUGGUUCCUGGCGUAUCCCCGUCGGUAUCCAGAUCGCCUUCGCCAUCAUUCUUUGUUGUUUCUUCCUCAUCCUCCCCGAAUCCCCCCGUUGGCUCGUCAAGAAGGGCAACCACGAGCGUGCCUCCAAGUCGCUCGCCCGCCUCAACUCGACCGACGUCGACGACCCCAUCGUCCGCUCCGAGCUGUCGGUCAUCCAGACCAACCUUGACAUUGAGCUCACCCACUCGACCGGCUCCUACCUCGACUGCUUCAAGACCAACGAGCGAAAGUACUUCCUCCGCUCCUUCACUGGUAUCUUUAUCCAGGCCUUCCAGCAGCUCACCGGUAUCAACUUCAUCUUCUACUAUGGCACCCAGUUCUUCAGGUCGGCGCUCCCCGGCUCCGACCCCUUCAUCUUCUCGGUCAUCUCCAACGUUGUCAACGUCGUCUCCACCAUCCCAGGCAUGUACAUGAUGGAGCGUCUCGGUCGCCGUAAGCUUCUCAUCUGGGGUGCUGUCUGGAUGUGCCUCUGCGAGCUGGUUGUCGCCAUCGUCGGUACCGUCGUCCCUACUCGCAACCACGCCGGUGGUAAGACCGCCGUCGCUUUCGUCUGCAUCUACAUUGCUGGCUUCGCUUCCACCUGGGGUCCCGCCGCCUGGGUCGUGUGCGGUGAGAUCUUCCCCCUUGCCAUCCGUGCCAAGGCCCUCUCGCUCUGCACCGCCUCCAACUGGCUCUGGAACUUCGGUAUCGGCUACGCUACUCCCUACCUCGUUGACUCAGGUGCGGGUAAGGCCGGUCUCGGCCCCAAGGUCUUCUUCAUCUGGACCGGUACCUGCGCCGGCUGUGCCGUCUUCGCCUACUUCUUCAUCUACGAGACCCGCCUGCUCUCGCUCGAGGAGGUCGACGAGAUGUACGCUCAGACCAGCCCCAUCAAGUCCUCUGCGGCCAACGCCGAGAUCCGCGCUCGUCGCUCGGACCUCGAGGGUGCCGUCGCUCCCGUCAAGGACGACGAGCUCGCCACCCACGACGAGAAGAAAUACUAA